AUGGAAUAUUCCGAUGGUGAUUCCUUCUACAAACCACCUUACACAAUGGUCGACGAAAACCGAAUCCGGCAGCUAAAAGACAAAGACAUCUCCGAAGUUUGCACCCUUCUCUCAGUUUCUAGAUCCUUUGCCUGCCCCCUCUUGCGCCGAAACAAUUGGAGCAAGAACUCCGUCUUCGACGAAUGGUUUGCCGACGAGAAACAGGUACGAAGAGGACGAGAGUUUGACGAAUACGAGGAAAAACUGAAGAGGUACAUGCAUUACUACGAGAGAUGGGCGGCCAUCCACAAGUCGAGGGAAAUCACAGCGGGCAACCUCAAGUGGGCGAAAGACGAGCGUAUUUGUGUUGUAGCCGAAAACAACCAACAACUACCCGGAGAUGGAGUGGAAUUGGUGAUCGAAGCCUUUGAGCUGAUAAUGGAAAGCAGGACCGCGUUGAAAUGGAGCUACGCGUACGGCUAUUACAUGCCUUGGCGCGCCAAUUCGGCAAAGUUGGCCUUUUUCUUGUUCUUGAAAGGGCAGGCCGAGCGCGUUCUCGAGACGCUUCACCGUUGUGCUGAGAGGGGGGUUGAAAAGUACUCGAAAACCGAUUUUCAUUUGUACGAAUUUAGGGAUUUUACAGAUGAGCUGAGAGGCUUGACCGAUUUGACGAGGAAUCACUUUGGGGAGUUGGUUCGAGCGUUGGAGAAUAAUCUUUCCGAAGUUACUGAAGUUAAGAACCUGUCAAAAAACCACCAGCUCCUUCUAAGAGACGGACGCGCUGAACAAACCCUACGUUUUAUAUUUACGUUUAUUCCGAAUCUGCAAAACUUAUUACUUAUUGCCAAUAGUAUAUAUGCAUUCUAA